AUGUCACCUUUUCUCUUUGCCAAGGCUAAGAGGAUAGACAGAUCUCUCACAUCUGACUCUAUAUCCACCAUGUCUACAUCUACAACUACGAGCAGUCGCCGCCCAGCGAGCCGGGACUACGAUACUGGCUUUCCAGAGCUGCCACGCACGACGACAUGGAGACAUCCGGAAGCGAACACAUCACCAGACGCCUGCAUCAGUGCCGAGGACGUGGAUCCAGCCAGAGCUCUGCAUCGGCAUCGUAAAUCGUUUCUGCACCACAAGUACAAGCGGACGACCAGCCAUGGCUUUAUCACCACCGAGAUGGAGCAAGAGUACCUCAACUCGAAAGAGGCUUUGGAAACCAUUGACAGUGCCGUUGACCUGAACGAUGGGAGGCCACUUUCUGCCGAGGACGAGGCCGCCAGGCCGUCAAAAGACGACUCUGAUAGUAUAGAUCGCGCCGUCGCGUCUCUCAGAGGCAACAACGCCCCGGCGAGCCCUUCGUCCUCACAGUUCGACCACAAAGGCGAUUCUCCACGGAGGCGAAGUGGUUUCUUCAGCAGGAUACGAAAUCAUAAACCGUGA